UUGGUGAGCGAGAAAAACGAUUAAACCACUCGAAGAUUUGUAAAAGAGAGAAUCUUUUACUUUCGAAGUUCGAACCAUCGGUGUUUAUUGGAUUCUGUGUUUUUAUGGUCACAUUUGUUGUAUUCUCUUCCCUUUAUUUGUCUUCCUGUAAAUCUCAUGUUGUGGUCAAAGAUUCAACGGGAGUGAUCGAUGGAUUCAAGAAAAAGGCCGAAAUGGCUGGAAUGGUUUCUGGAGCUUCGGUUGGUUUUGGCAAAGCGAUUCUAAAGAGUAAAAUCCAAGAACCUGUGGUGAAAGAGAUCUACACCCAAGUGAAGCCAAAAAAGCCCGUUCUUAAGGUGAAAUGGGUCGAGGAAGUGAGACCAGUACUGGUUCGAGUGAACGAAGAGCCAAAAACUGUUUACAAGAAGAAAAUCAUUAAAUCGACCAAGAAAACGAGCAUUUUCAAGGCUGGUGUUUUGCCUUAUGUCAAAGGCUUUUUCAAAGGAAAAUGGGCUGCGAAAAGUGUAUCUAAAGUAUUGAAACAUUAAAUUAACAGCGACAAAAAUUAACUGAUUGUUUCUCUGUCCAACCAAUUCCAAUUCCAAUUCCAAUUCCAAUGCUCAAUAUGUUUUUAUAAGAAUAAUUUUCUUUUCUUCAUAAAUCUCUAGAAAUCGAUCCUUUUAUAACUUGUAUUAAAUCAUUCGAUCAUUUUGAAAAUAAAAU